CUGUAUGAUUUAUUGGGUGUCCGAGUUAUCCAUUACUCGGAGGGUUGUUCUGUGUGACAAAGCUGGCGAAAUUAUAUAGCAUAUUGUAUAGAGUCCUGGCUGUAGGCAGGAACAACUGCAACAUAUGGUUUGGCAAGCAAUGGGGGAUAGAUGGACCGCAUAUGGAAUCCAGUCAUCAUGUUUUGUUCUUUUGAUUCUUGCUUUGGAAAUUCAUGGAUGUUGCUCGCUUAGUUCUGAAGGAUUGGCAUUACUGGACUUCCGGGAUAGAGUGGGUUCUGAUCCAUAUGGUGCUUUUGCGAAUUGGAGUGCGAAUGACAGUGACCCAUGCCUGUGGUCAGGCGUUAUUUGUGUGGACGGUAAAGUGCAUAUGGUGGAUCUCAACGGGCUUUCUCUGGAAGGAGUACUGACACCAGAGCUUGGAAAACUCAGUCGCUUGAAAUCUCUUGUACUCUCCAAGAACCAUUUCUCUGGCGUCAUUCCUAAAGAGUUUGGACAUCUUACUAUGCUGGAGGUUUUGGACUUGAGGGAAAAUGAUUUGAGUGGAGCUAUUCCGGAAGAAAUAGGAGGGCUGCUGUUGCUAAAACGCUUGUUGCUUUCAAGCAAUAGAUUUGAAGGCAGCAUUCCUUUGGAGCUAGGGAGACUCAGUUUACUGACUGAAUUGCAAUUUGAUGAGAACCUUACAUGUGCUGUUGCCAGCGGAAUUGGCUGCGUGAAUAGAAAAUUUGGACACUGCAUCUGGCAGAGUGGCUUAAAACCAUUGAAGAAAGUAGAUUCCUUUAUGGCACCAAUUAGAUGGAGAUUUACGCAUUACCUCAAUCUGUUCCCAAAGUUCAAUUUAGGGAAGAGCUCCUUGCAUGGUCAUUCAGGCAAUUGCUGCGACAAUCUACAAAGUUCACCUGAGCACGUCCCAAAUUCACAGAACCUAGUUAACUUUGUACGUCGUAGACUAGUCGAACAGUCUAGUAACCUUGUUGCUGCCCCUGCUAGUGGUGGAUCCCAUGACCAGAUCCUUGCUCUUCCAGCUGGCAGAAGUAGUGGGUCAUUCCCUGCCAUACCAAAGGCAAAGAAAAGUCAAACUCCUCCUGCACCUUCACCUAUUAUACCUUCGUCGCAUGAGUCUCACAAUGGAUCAAAUCCUGAUGGACAGUCUUCUGGCGAUGCUAGUAAAUCAACUGAUAAACAAGAUUCUGAUAGUAAAACUUCUGGAAAUGCGUGGAAGUAUAUCGUCGGGAUUUCAAGUGCGGCUUUCUUGCUCAUUGUUGCUGCGGCCAUGUUCUUCAUCUGCCGAAGCCAAGCAGUAAGCACCAUAGGUCCUUGGAAGACUGGAUUGAGUGGACAGUUGCAGAAAGCAUUCAUUACAGGGGUCCCAAAGCUGAACCGUACUGAGCUAGAAACAGCCUGUGAGGAUUUCAGCAACAUUAUCUACACAAUUGAUGGUGCAACUAUAUACAAGGGAACACUAUCAAGUGGAGUAGAGAUUGCUGUUUCAUCCACUGCCAUAAGUUCUCUGAAAGACUGGACAAAGCGUUCAGAAAUGGCAUUCAGGAAGAAGAUUGAUACACUGUCACGAGUGAACCAUAAGAACUUCGUUAAUCUUAUUGGUUACUGUGAAGAGGAAGAACCUUUUGCUAGGAUGAUGGUGUUCGAGUAUGCUCCAAAUGGGACCCUUUUUGAGCAUCUGCAUGUUAAAGAAAUGGAGCAUCUCGACUGGAAUGCAAGAGUCAGGAUUAUUAUGGGAACGGCUUACUGUCUCCAAUACAUGCAUGAUCUGAAUCCACCUGUAGCACAUUCCAACCUAAAUUCAAAUGCUAUCUUUUUGACUGAUGAUUAUGCUGCUAAAAUUGUAGAAAUCAGUUUCUGGAAAGAAUUUCUAUCUAAGUCAAAGAUUUCGGGGGAAAGUGAAUCAGGGCAUUCUGAACUGCCACCAUUUGGUGAUCCUGAAACAAAUGUCUACAGUUUUGGUAUUUUAUUGCUAGAAAUCAUUUCUGGGAAGCUCCCUCACUCAGAAGAUCAAGGGCCUCUUGUGAACUGGGCUGCUGAAUACUUUAAUGACAAAAGGAGUAUCAGCUACAUGAUUGACUCGACCUUGAAGUCCUUCAAGAAUAAUGAGCUAGACAUAAUUUGCGAGGUAAUCCAGGAAUGUAUUCAACUGGAUGCGAGGAAGAGACCAACCAUGAAGGAAAUCACUUCCAAACUGAGGGAAGUGAUCGAUAUAUCACCUGAUUCAGCAACUCCGAGACUUUCUCCUCUGUGGUGGGCUGAACUCGAGAUCUUGUCCGCGGAGGCAGCUUAAUCUGACUACUAUUUUCCAUGUUGUAAGUCAAGUAUCUCUCUUAUUAUGCAUAAAUAUGCGGAAGAAUACCUUGCUCUCUUCAAGCAAACCCCAUCCGUACUGCCUAUUUAACUUCUUCAAUGUCUUUUCAAGGGUUUUUUCUCUACAUUUUGCUAAAUUCUUUUGCUAUUUGUUCGUUGCAUUCGAAAUAAUGUGUGUUGCCAUCAUUGUAUACAUGUUACAUGUACAUUUAUGAUCAAAGAAUGGUAUGUGAAAAGAAUACUGAACAAGGAAUUUAGUCCUGUG